AUCGCAGAACCAGCAGAUGCAUUCAGAUUCAAUACUAGCGUGAAUCCGACAUGCGCUGGAGGGGGCACUCCAUGUUGUUGCUCGUUGGGACACCAGCUUACAGCAGAAUUUUACGUCUUCUUCAGAGAGUGUUACGAGGGCAUGUGCCUCGAUUAUGUCAUCACCGACCAGCUGAAAGAUCGACGUAGAUUGAAAGUUCUUCCAGUAACUGACUGCUAAGAGCUUGACCUAAGGCUUGUAUAAAUACUGAAACAAAUAUAUUUAGCCCAAAUGCUAAUACUUUAAACUGAAAGUUUAUUCCAUCAUAUAAAAAUGCUGAAUUCAUUUUUGUGAUCAGUACUGCUUUCCACAAAAGUGGUUUUGAUCUAGCGGAUUACACCUCACAUUCAACGAACAUUUGCAAUCUUUCCUCUAAACUGGUUAAGGUAGACUGAGGACUCGACUGUUUCAUGUUGCAAGACUCUACGUGCUCUUUCAUGUUUGAAAUAUCAGUUUGUACUGUAUGAAAAUGUGUAUUUCCAUCUGUGAAAUAAUGACAAAACUCAUUACAAGCAAUAUUGUGCACUCAUGAUGUACCUUCUCCUGAUGAAUGAUUGCCACCUUGAAAAAGCCAGAAUGGUUUCCACUAAGGAAAACUUGAAGGUUAGCCAACAAGAUACACACUACAAUGCAAGACUCGAGUCUUCUGUAGCAUCUGUUUCCCCAUCAACAUCACUUUCUUCACAACAGUCUAAAUGCAGUAACUAUAGCUAUGCUGCAAGUUUAUACAAAAGUGUUAUAAGUAACAGUAUUUUAUACAAUGACUCAAGAGGUCUGCAUGGUUCUUCUGAAUUACACAGUUCUGUAAAGAAGUUUGGUGAAACUAUGUGGCUUGAGUAUUUAAAUACUGCCAAUGAGUGGCAGAUUGAAGGAUUUGUUGAGAAGUACAAGAAAAUGAAAGACAGGGCAGCUCUUUUGAAAGGCAGUUUACAUAAGAAAGUGAUGACCUUUGAAAGGUGGUGGUGUGUUUUGACAGAUGAAUUUGAUCUCUGCAUUCAGGGAUCUGUGGAGAACAAGUCCUUUGAAGCCGAAAACUCACCUUAGAACAUGUGGGCCGCCCGCUGUGGCCGUGCGGUUCUAGGCGCUUCAGUACGGAACCACGCAGCUGCUAUGGUCGCAGGUUCGAAUCCUGCCUCAGGCAUGGAUGUGUGUGAUGUCCUUAGGUUAGUUAGGUUUAAGUAGUUCUAAGUAUAGGGGUCUGAUGACCUCAGAUGUCAAGUCCCAUAAUGCUUAGAGCCAUUUGAACCAUUUCUGAACAUGCAGUUAGCUGUUCAUUGUGAAGUAAAUUUGCAGAUUUGUUCCACAAAAUUGAACCAUUUAGUUACGUAAAAGGCUUCAGUAAGGUCACAAAAUAUACCAGCAGGAUUAUUUUGGUUGUUUUUAGUUCUGCUAGGUUUUCAUUCAUAAGGGUAUAUGGUGGCUGCUACAUGUGAAACUCAAAAGUAUUUAGCAAAUUUUGUUUGAGUUGAGGACUGAUUAUGGAUGAGGCUCAAGGUUAAUUGUAUCAACCUUUCACAAGAUUUUACUAAUCUGCUAGAAACACUAUCAUAGAAAAAUAUUGCUGCUUUUAGCAACUUGAUGGUAUUUUUAAUUCCCUUUGGUCUUGCAUAUUUGAUAUUAACGACGUUUGAUGAUGUAAAAAGUAUUGAAUUAUCAAUUUCAUGGCUGAAAUGCCACAAUUAUUAAAAUAUUUCUGGCUAUUAUUCUGUUGUUUUUUCUGAUUUCUUUGAUCACUUGUGGCAUAUAAGUUCUUGUAUUCCAUUUGGAACUAAUUAAAGAAUGGAAACUCCAGGUAGGAAUAUCAACAAUUUAGGAAAAGAUAGAUUGCUACUCACUGUAAAGGAGACACGUUAAGUUGCAGACAGGCAUAAUUAAUAUGCAAGUUAAUGUGUCUUCUUUAUGGUAAGUAGCAAUUUGUUUUUUUCUGCAGUGGUGAUAUUCAGCAUUAAUUGUUUGUAGAAUGCAAAGGUUACAAUAUUUACACUGUAACCAAAGGAGUAGGCAACCGUUUUCUUGAAACUGAAAGUGCUUUGCAAACAAACCACUUCUAUUACUUUUGGUUCUUCUUGGAACACUCAAACAGCUUAUUGUUAUUCAGUUUUCAACUCUUGUACCAAAGUCAUAAUAAAGUUUUAAAAUGAUGACACUACCACCAUCUGCCUGUGUGUGUGUGUUUUUUUUAAUUAUUUCCCAAAUUUAGGCUUUUGAGCCAUUACCAAAUGCAACUGGGAAAAAUAUUGGUACAUGUUAGCCAUUUCGGGCUGCCUGGUUUAUCUUUACAGGUCUCAAUGAAAUGUUUUGUUAGUGAUAUGUUUGUCAGACAUGCUUGACAUGUACUGAUCUCUUUCCCAGUUGCAAUUAAUAAUGGCACUAAAAAAGAAAUAAUAAAAAAGAACAUGUAGGCAAAUGGAGAUAGUGCUACUGUUAGUGUUACGUGUCAUUUAGAAUGGAAAAUGCCAAUGUACAUCUCUUAGGCUCUGCAAGAGAUGAAAAUAUCCAUGUGAAUAAAGAGAAAAGUUUUAAAUGA